UGCCUGUCGGUGAGUAGAAUGAAACAUUCAAGAGAUGUCUGCUGUUGGUGUGCUGUCACAUAAACACACUCAUUACAUUCGAUUUCAAAGCAAAAAUUCUGUUUUCAUUUUGACUGCCGUUUCAAGUGAACUGCAAACAAAAAUCAAGCGGACAACAUGGUCUUGGUUAACAUAAAUAUUGUGGAUGAGGACCAGAAAAAAGCAGUGCCAUCGUAUGAUCCACAAGCACCGGUCACGAGAAAAGGUGUGCUUCGGUCAUUACGAACUGGACGACCCAUCGAAAUCCGCGAGGAGGAUACGCUCGGACGAUGUCGAUUGGUCACAGAAUUUGAAAAACUCAAUCGCAUUGGCGAAGGAACCUAUGGUGUUGUAUACCGAGCACGUGAUUCACGAACGGGUGAAAUUGUUGCAUUGAAACGUGUUCGAAUGCAACAGGAAAAGGAUGGCCUUCCAAUCAGUGGAUUGCGUGAAAUUCAAAUUCUAAAAUCGUGCAGCCAUCGCAAUAUCGUCAAAUUGAAUGAAGUUGUCGUUGGCAAAAGUCUUGACAGCAUUUUUAUAUCCAUGGAAUAUUGUGAACAAGACUUGGCCUCUCUGCUUGACAACAUGACACAACCAUUUUCCGAAGCACAAUCCAAAUGCAUUAUUCUACAAGUGCUGAAUGGAUUAAAGUAUUUGCAUAGCCAUUUUAUUAUUCAUCGUGAUUUAAAAGUAUCGAAUUUAUUGCUGACCGACAACGGAUGCAUCAAAAUUGCCGACUUCGGUUUGGCACGACUCUACAGUAAUUCCGAAACAAAAAUGACACCCAACGUGGUGACACUAUGGUAUCGUGCACCCGAACUGCUGUUUGGCACCACGGUUCAUACGAAAGCCAUCGAUAUGUGGGCAGCGGGAUGCAUUUUGGGCGAACUUUUAAUGCAUAAACCAAUGUUACCGGGCAAAACCGAAAUUCAACAGAUUGAAAUGAUUAUCGAUUUACUGGGUACGCCAUCGUCUUCGAUAUGGCCCGAAUUGUCGUCGAUGCCAGCUAUGAAAAGUUUCACCCUGAAACAACAGCCGUACAAUAAUAUCAAGCAAAAAUUCUCGUGGUUGUCAAGUGCCGGUUUGCGGCUACUUAACUUUUUGUUUAUGUACGAUCCAAAGAAACGAGCCAGUGCCGAAGAAUGCCUGGAGAGCACAUACUUCAGGGAAAUGCCAUUGCCUUGUGAUCCAAAUUUGAUGCCAACAUUCCCGCAUCAUCGAAAUUUAAGACAUCAACCGGUGCCUAGUGGUAGUCAGUCACAUCAUCAUUUGCCGCCUGCAUCAAAUGAGCCAACUCUGCCGCUGAGUGAUCUUUUGGGUUCAUUAAUAAAGAAGAAACGAUACGACUAAGCCCAAUAACAUGAAAUUUCCAUUUGAGAAAAAAAUAAACAAAGGAAUAUAUAACAUUUAUCUCUCCAGA